GUUAUAUUUUACAAUCUCUUCAUUCUGCUGUAUGUACAGCGAGCCAUCAAUGUGCUCCAGUCUGUUUUGCAACCUAGUUUAUGUUCUGUUCUGUUCUGUACUACUCAAUAUCUCACAUCUGCAAGGCACUCCUCGCGCUUCGGUUAUCGAUGAGAAGCCAUAUCCGGGGCAAGGACCCAAGCAGCGACUGAUGCAUCUUAUUGGUGUAUGCUUAUUUUACCUGGCCGUCUGCCUGAUAACGAUACAUUAUACCUCAUGGGGGAGUUUUCCAUCUCGCUGGCGCCAGAUUGCCCAGCUUGAGCUUGAGUGGACAAGGCCUGACAGUCUCUCAGAAUGAUUAUCAGCAAACGCAGUUGGGGAAACAUGCCUUCACGAUAUUUCAAGCGACCUGGAGACGGUGUCGUCGCUCUUGACGGGUUCUAUUUGGUGUCUGGUUUUCCGUCUCACU